CUGCACACACGCGCGACUACUCCGCGUCUCACGCGCGCUCACGUCGCGUGCUUGAUGGAACACGGGUUCAUCGCGGGACCCUGGGAGCUCGGUGAGAUUUUGUGACGCGCUUCUCAAGCCCGCGAUCUCUGACGAACUCGCCGGCGCUACGUGUUUCAAAUCUACUUCUGCCACCGCAUCACCGCUUCACUCGUGAAGAAAAAAAAAAAAAACCGCCGCACUCUGAAUCUGGACGGACCCGAGGAGACCGAUGCCUCUUCCCGCGAACCCGCUCGCGAAGGACCCGAACCCGUACGUCGUCCAAGACGACGAUCUCUCCGCCCGCGGCGCGACGCCGCCGCAGCGGAAGAGCAACCCGUUCGCGAUCGGGAACGAAGACGCGCUCCUGCCGCGUCAAGUCGGAGGCGCCCCCGCGGACCCGUACGUGAACAACGACCUCGUGAGUCUCCCGAAAGGGUACGCCGCGCGCGGGGGCGAUGGCCACGACGACGGCCGCGACGCCGCGUUCCACAUGGAAUCCGGGCCGUCGAACGCGAUGCUCGCGCUCGAGAUUGAAAAGCUCAAGAAGCGCGAGAGCGUCCUGAACAAUCGAUGGUGCGUCCUCUGCACGAUGAUCGUGACGUUCAUCGCGUUCGUCCUCGGGUCGUUCGCGUCGUGGUACGUCACCGUCCCGCUCGGGGUUCCGAUGAACGUCGACGAGAACGGCCCCGAGGUUGUCGCGCGCGUCGGCGUCUCGACGCUGUACCAGUACCCGUACGGGUACUCGGCGUACGAGGGCACCGGGUCGUGGGCGCCGGAGGCGUCGCCGCACGGGCUCAACAGGUACGAAGGUUCCGGCUCGUGGUCUCAAGAGAUCAUCAACGCCGGGAACGCGAACCCUCGGCUGUCGGACAACCAGGCGUUCUAUUACGACUACCACAUCUACCUCGUCGGAGGACUCGACAGCACGUCGGUGGCGGGAUCCGGCACACAGGUCCUCACCGUGAAGAUUUACAACACGCUGACGCGCACGUGGGAGGCGAACAACCCGAUCACGGGCACCGCCGCGGAGGACAUGCCCGCGGUGCGCUCUCAGUACGGCGGAGCGAUCGACACCACGGGUAAGAAGAUUUACAUCACCGGCGGUAUCAACGCCGAUCCCUGGCCCAAUGGGCAGAAAAAUACGGUGUACGUGUACAACAUCCAGACGAACGUGUGGACCACCGCAGCGGGCACGUUGAACACGGCUCGGUCCGAUCACUGCGCGGUCUACGCGAACAGCAAGCUUUACGUCAUCGGCGGCUGGGACGGGGGCUGGUCUAACGUUCUAGACUCCGUCGAGGUGUCCUCCGACGCCGGCGCGACGUGGACGACGACGACAUCUCUUCCAGCCGACGGCGGUUUCGCCGGGAAGCGCGGAGAUCUCGCGUGCGCGGUGAGCGGAACCAAAAUUUACGUGUUCGGCGGUUACUACGACAACGUGGCCGGCACCCACAAUUACUGGUCGACCGUGUACGAGGGCGACGCCGCGGCGAGCCCCUCACUCACGUGGACUGUCAAAAAGCCGAUGCCCACCGCGCGAGGAGACAUGGCCGCGGUGACACUCUCCGACGGAUCCAUCCUCGUGAUUGGCGGUGAACAGAUCUACCCUGGCGACGUCACAAAGACGAAAAUCGCGAUGCACGAGGUAGAACGUUACUUUCCCACCGUCAACGCCUGGGUGAGCAAAGCUCCGAUGCCUCUCGGGAGAUUCCGAUUCGCCGCCGCGGCGGAUUACAACGACCAUGUCCACGUGCUCGGCGGGCACCAGUCCUGCCACCUGGACGACCCGAAUAACCCUGGAGACGUGUGCUCUCUCGGGGAUUACCAGUUCACCGCCGAUCAAGCCCACUACGCGUACUACGACGUCCCGCACUCAAGCGUCGCCGGGAACCCUCACGGGGUGAGCCCUCAACUGUCGGACAACGUCGCGAUCUACUACAACUACAACAUCUACCUCAUCGGAGGCCUCGACAGCACGUCGGGAACCGGCACAGUGAAGGCCGAGGUCCACAUCUACAACACCCUCACGAAAGUGUGGUCCACCGGCGCCUCGCUCCCGGCCGUUCGCAAUCGGUACGGCGCCGCGCUCAUGGACGGGAAGAUUUACGUCAUGGGCGGACAAGGCGCGGCCGACGCCGUGGCUUCGACGACGUACAUCUACAACAUCGCGGCCAACACGUGGUCCACGGGCGGCGCUCUGAAGACCGCUCGGUCCGAUCACUGCGCGGCGGCGGCCAACGGCAAGCUCUACGUCGUCGGCGGAUGGACCGGCGCCUACAGCACGCUCAAGUCCGUGGAAGUCUCGACGAACAACGGCGCGAGCUGGUCGCUCACGACGGACAUCCCGGAGGAGCGCGGCGACGUCUCGUGCGCCGCGAGCGGGAACAAAGUUUUCGUCAUCGGCGGAUACUACGACUACACCGGCGCGUGGCUCGCGAACUCGUUCCACGACGACGUCUUCGCCCUGGACGCGACGAACACCGAAGACUCGUGGUAUAACGUCUCCAGCAUGAAGUACGCGCGCGGCGAUAAAGCCGUGACGACGCUCUCCGACGGAUCCAUCCUCGUCAUGGGCGGCGAGACGUACUACUCGUCCUCGGCUUCGAAAGUCGCGAUGCACCACGUCGAGAGGUAUUACCCGAUCCACGACACGUGGGUGGAGAAGGCGCCGAUGCCGAGGGGUCGGUUCCGAUUCGCCGCCGCGGCGGAUUACAACGACCACGUCCACGUCCUCGGCGGCCACCGCUCGUGCCACCUGGACGACGGCUACGGAAGCGUGUGCUCAUCCGCGGAUUACCAGUUCGAGGCGCACGACGCGCACGACGUGUUUUACGACAUCGAUCACCCGGAUCUGUGGCUCAUCACGCGCGAUCCGCAGAUUGCGGCGACGGCGACGGUGUGAGGACGGUUCGCGACCGCGCAGUUCUUUCUUUUUUUCUCCUGUUCAUCUUCUGUUUCCCCGCCGCCCGCGUGUGGCGUGUACAUACGAGAAAGUCCGAGCGACUACAUUCUACUGUAUAUAAUAAGAUAUCGGCUAGUCGUUCCAUAUUCU